GGUUAGAUUUGUUAGAACACAGAGUAGCCUAGCGACUAAGUUUGGUAAAUAAAAGCACAAGGGUGUGUGUGCAUGUGUGUGUACCAAGGCAUCAUAUGAGAAGCUAGCUGCUUUUCCAACAAUGGCAUUCAGCUACACGAGUUGUGUCGUCAAUUGGGUGUCUCUGCAUUUGUUCCUUGUAGUCUUCUUCUCUGGAAAUUUAGUGUUUGGUGGCUCAAUUGUCACUCACUUGCCUGGAUUUGAUGGUGAACUUCCCUUCACGCUUGAAACUGGAUACAUAACGGUUAAUAAAUCAGAGCUCUUCUAUUAUUUCAUUGAGUCUGAAUUGAGCCCAGACUCGGAUCCUCUUUUGGUUUGGUACAGUGGAGGUCCUGGCUGUUCUGCCUUCAAUGGACUUAUUUAUGAAAUAGGUCCACUAGCUUUCAACAUAACAGCUUAUCAAGGAGGUAUACCAACAUUGCAGUAUUACCCAUACUCAUGGACAAAGAGUAGCAACAUAUUAUUCAUAGACGCCCCUGUUGGCACUGGAUUCUCCUAUGCAUCAGACUUGAGCGCGUACCCUACUGGGGACACAAAAUCAGCACAAGAGACUUAUGAAUUCCUCAUAAAGUGGUUCACCGAUCACCCAAAAUUCCUUGCAAAUCAACUAUUCAUCGGUGCGGAUUCGUAUUCAGGCAUAUCCGCUCCCAUCGUUGUCAAAUAUAUAAUAGACGGAGCUGACACAGGGGACUUUCCGCGCUUCAAUCUCAAGGGAUACAUUGUUGGAUGCCCAAGAACAGAUGCAAUUAUAAAUGAAAAUUCCAAGAUAACAUAUUCCCAUAGAAUGGGGUUUAUAUCUGAUCAACUUUAUGAGCAAGCUAAAGAAAGUUGCAAUGGGAGUUACUAUGAAAUAGAAUCAGAUGAUUCAGAGUGUUACAUAAAUCUUCAAAAGAUCGAAAAGUUGACUCAUGACUUAAACAAAAAUGACAUUCUUGAGCCUAAGUGCACUUGGGCAUCCCCAGAUCAAGAUGGAGAAUCAGAUAGAAGAUUACUCAAAGAAGAAUCAGAAAAUUUCAUACUCUCUCCUCCAAGAAUUCCAGAUUUUUGGUGUCAUAACUUCAAUUAUGCACUUUCCUAUGUCUGGGCAAAUGAUAUUAGUGUCCAAGAGGCUCUAAAUGUCCGAGUGGGAACAGUAAAGGAUUGGAAGAGAUGCAAUAAGACAUUGGAUUACUCAAUGGAUGUGGACAGUGUUCUUGAUGUUCAUCGCUAUCUCAGUACAAAAGGGUUACAAGUUCUAGUAUACAACGGUGAUCAUGACCUUACUGUUCCAAACAUUGGUACUCAAGAUUGGAUAAAGUUGUUGAAUAAUAUGACUGUUGAUUUUGAAUGGAGACCAUGGUUUGUUGAUGGCCAAAUUGCAGGAUACAAUAUCAAGUAUUCAAGACGCGGAUCCGGAUAUCGAUUAACAUAUGCAACUGUUCUGGGUGCAGGACACUCACCUCAAGAGUACAAGCGAAGAGAAUGCUUUGACAUGUAUAAUAGGUUUAUCCAUUAUUAUCCUAUCUAGAAGGCACUUGCAGGGCUUCAAUUUCUCUACCUUAAUUUCAAUGCGAAAUAGUUCAAUGUUAUUGAUUUUGUAACCAUUUUGAGUAAUAACACUUUGUUUGAUCUUUC